ACAGUGGGGAAGAGACAGAGCAUAGAAAUGGGACAAGGAGAGGAGGAGACGAGAAGCCCACCGGAUGUCGAGAUUCAGGAAAGAGGAGAAAUAUAUUUCUUAUACAGGCCUAAAGUAGAGAAGGAAGAAGCACAUGGCUCCGAUGAUGUGCAGCGAAUGUACAUAAUCUUAAGUCCCCACGACUCCAUUCAACACCAGGAGGCAACUACUCAGGAGGUGAAGCACGAUCCGCUGCUGCGGUUGAUUGUUAUGGGACGGAAACGGCUUCCUGAUCCAACCCAGAAGGGCACACCCUUUUGGGGUUUCGUCGAGUUGGUCACCACCAAGAUUCAGGAUGUCAAGAAUGCUCUGAAAGGAGAGGAAUACGAUACAAAGACGAGGGGACACAGACAUAAGCCUCCAGCAAGAGCCUUAGGGGAAGGCGUGUAUCGCAUACUAAAGCAUCACAUAAGACCAGAAGAUAAGAAGAAGAUGCACACUCAUCUGAUUUACAAGCUACAGUUCCCAGCAGAAGACGAUGAUCAAAACCAGCCACAGGAGGCUUUAAAUGUGGAAAGGGAAGCCUCCUUCCUCAUACAGAUCAAGAAUCCCAUCAUCAAUCGAGAUGUCAAGAGGAAGCAGGCGACGUUUCCUGCUCACCUGCAAGCUCAGUUUGGGAAACUACGAUUCCAUGCUGCAGAUCCACCAGAGUUUCUUAACUAUGAAGGAUGUGAGUUUUUGCUGAUAUCAGCAUCUGAUGACAUACAACAAGAGCUUGGAUUAGAGUUGAAGUUACCAAAUGAGCUGGAUGAUUCUUGCUCCCAUCUUCUUAACACUUUUGGGGAGCUUGCAUCCACAGAUGCCCUUUUCAGAGGCAUUUGGGUUUGAUUAUACAAGUUCAACCAUCACCACCUUACUUUAAUUCCAAACCUACGUAGACGGACUCUCUCUCUCUCUCUCUCUCUCUCUAUAUAUAUAUAUAUAUAUAUAUAUAUAUCUGUGUGUGUAUAUAUAGCUUCAGCUUUUCUUGUUGAUUAGGUAGCUAGUAUAUAUAUGUAAGUAUGUACAUGUGAUGUAAUCAAGCUAAUCAGUGUAUAUAUAGCUUCAGUGAUGACAAAAAGAAGACAACUGAUUAAUCUAACUAGUAUAUACAAGUAGGUACGUAGGUUGUAACGUUAG